AUGGCAUCCCUUAGUGCUGACGAUGUUGCACAGUUGGUGCAAGCUGCAACGGACGCUGCGAAGGCAGCCAGUCAAGCUUUGAUAGCCUUAAAGGACCAACAAGCUGCUCGAACUGGACUCAAUGAUGGUUUCAAAGAGGCCUCCAAGGUAAUCCGUCAACCAGAGCCUUUUGGAUCUGAAGUUCAUGAAGAGGACUUAGGACGAUGGCAGGAUUUCAAUGUGAAUUUCCGCGCUUGGCUUUUCUAUGGCAACAAGCACUUCGAGGGCACUGCAACAGCAGUUCAACUUCAAAUGACAGAGACCUCCUCCUAUGACCAAGUGCGCACCAUGGUGAUCUCCUACGAGCGCACCACCACAAGCUGGAGUGCAGGCAAGAUCCAUAGCGAGCUGGGCAUUUUGUCCUCAGGCCCGUCUUCAAAUGUUGUUUCAAAUAAUGUUGAGAUCCGGGAGUAA